GCGCAGAAAAGGGGGCGGGGAGGGGACUCGACUUGUUGUGUUUGCUGCCCAAGAGCCGGAUACGGUCGUGUUGCGGCCGCGCCGCUCCCAGUCUCCCGACCAUGUCUCACUUAGUCGAGCCUCCGCCGCCCCUGCACAACAACAACAACAACUGUGAAGAAGGGGAGCAGUCCCUGCCGCCGCCCGCCGGCCUCAACAGUUCCUGGGUGGAGCUGCCCAUGAACAGCAGCAAUGGCAAUGAGAAUGGCAACGGGAGGAAUGGGGGCCUGGAGCACGUCCCUUCCUCGUCUUCCAUCCACAAUGGAGACAUGGAGAAGAUCCUUCUGGAUGCACAGCAUGAGUCAGGACAGAGCAGCUCCAGAGGCAGUUCUCACUGUGACAGCCCUUCACCACAAGAAGAUGGACAGAUCAUGUUUGAUGUUGAGAUGCACACUAGCAGGGACCACAGCUCUCAGUCAGAAGAAGAAGUUGUAGAAGGAGAGAAAGAAGUUGAGGCUUUGAAGAAAAGUGCAGACUGGGUAUCAGACUGGUCCAGUAGACCUGAAAACAUCCCACCCAAAGAGUUCCAUUUCAGACACCCUAAACGUGCUGUGUCUCUAAGCAUGAGGAAGAGUGGAGCCAUGAAGAAAGGAGGCAUUUUCUCUGCAGAGUUCCUGAAGGUGUUUAUCCCGUCUCUCUUCCUCUCUCACGUGUUGGCUUUGGGGCUUGGCAUCUAUAUUGGAAAACGACUGAGCACACCUUCUGCCAGCACCUACUGAGGGAAACGAAAGCCCCUGGAGACGAGUGUGGCCUGUGAAGUGGUGUGUUGUAGUUUGAAUUUGAGACCUAUUGUAAGCAUGAUCCCCACCUACAACCGUAUUUUUACAUACUCAAGUCCAGUAACAAGAUCUCAAAUCCAGUAUUUUACUCAAACUCUGUUGAGGCAUUUUACUAACCUUGUUCCCUUUUUGGCCUGUAAGACACUUUAGAGAUUCCUAACAGAGUUUACUGUCGUUUAGAAAUUUGCAAGGGCUUUCUUCAGCAAUGCCACCAGCAGAUUAUAAUCUUGUCAACAAUGCAUCGUCUCCUCUUGGUACCACCAGACCACACCCGCAUCUUUCAUGCUAGAAGCUGUGUUCUAGCCGUGCAACGACAUCUCUUUCUAAAUGAGAUCAGGUUUGCAAACAAUACUAUAAAAGCUUUGUUUAGUCUUUGUUUUGUUUUCCAGGACAAAAACAAGCUUCCUUAAGCUUGGAUUUAUAGUUAAUAAAAGAAAACAAAACCAAAAAAAACAAAACAAAAAUUAAAAAAGAAAGAAAGAAAAAGCAAGACACAAGGAAAAAAAAUAUCCUGGGCAAUAAAAAUUCUUUUAAACCAGCUUUGGAGCCACUCUUUUCCUCCUGUACCGCCUUCCAUUUGUAGGAGGCAGCCUGUGUGAGUGACAGACAGGAAGUAGAAGAAUGCAAUAAACAUACUGGCAGAUUUUAA